UCUUGGAGCCGCCCCGCCCACCUUCAGCUCCAGUUCUGUGGGGGCGGGGGUUGUUGCUCUGCUCAGGAAGGCCAUUUUGGGGCCUCGGCUAUCACCCCUUCAGAGAAAAAUGCGAGACAAUCAUAAUGCUUGUGUUCCUCCUGUGGUCACUGGUAUAGUGAGGCCAGGGAACACACAACGACGGCGACAACGCAGCACGCAGGGUGUUUUGGUUUCUGGCGGUGCUACGCUUGAGAGGGAACUUUCCACUGCAGCCUUGAAAAUUUCGCAGCAGCCAUUCUUCCUUCUCCGUAGGGAAGAGCAAGAGGCCUUCUUCAACCUCCUAGAGGAUGGCUUGAUACAAGACUUCCUAUCAAUGGACACAUGUUACAGAAUCUCAGACAAGUAUCUUAUAGCCAUGACUAUGAUGUACUUUAAACGUGCCGGCCUACAUACAAGAGAAUAUACACGGAUCAAUCUCUUCAUAGCUCUGUACUUAGCAAAUGACAUGGAAGAAGACACAGAAGACUAUAAAUAUGAAAUCUUCCCCUGGGCACUUGGUGACAACUGGAGGAAGCUAUUUCCACAAUUCUUAAAAAUGCGAGAUGGCUUUUGGGCUAAAAUGAAGUACAGAGCGUUUGUUAGCCGGCGAUGUUGUGAAGAGAUAAUGCUGAGAGAGCCCUCUCACUGGGCCUGGUCCCGUGAACGAGCAAUGCACCACAGUGGGGCACUGAGGAGUUACUCGAAGAAUGAAAAUGACUCGUUCCCUAGGGGGCCUGGCGUUACGCCCCCGGUGUGCCUUCUCUGUGUUUUUGAUAUGGAAGAAGACGAGGCUCAGAUCACUCCCCCUGCCAAUGAUCGGUUACCCUCUGAAGUACUGAACCAAGAUUUGGAAAGCUGUCCUUUGCUAAUGCUGGAUUCAGAGACAGACUACAGCAUGAUGCAAAUCUUGCAGGAACCUACCAUGGAGACCGAUGGGACAGAAAAAGAUUGGCAGUUCUUGGGAUAGCGUCUGAUGGCUGGAGAUCUCCUCUGCAUACGAUACUUUCUCCAUUGGAGUAGCAUUAAUGGAUGUCCUUACUCUUCCAUCUACAUCUGUGGUGAUCUAUUUAUAAGCACUUUAUCUUCCUGUUCGUAGAGAGGACUCACAGCAAUGCUUGUAUUUGUAUAUAUUUAAAAAAAAAGCUAUUAAGUGUGACU